CAGGCCGGGCGGCCCGGGAUCCCUUGCGCAGUGUGGAGGUCGUUGGAGUCACUUGCUUGCCACCAGCUCCUGCACCAUCCGGUCCGCAUCCCGCCCGCCCCAGCCAUGCUCUCCGCCCUUGCCCGGCCUGCGAGCGCCGCUCUCCGACGCAGCUUCAGCACCUCAGCCCAGAGUAAUGCUAAAGUAGCCAUGCUAGGGGCUUCUGGAGGAAUUGGGCAGCCUCUUUCGCUUCUCCUGAAGAACAGCCCCUUAGUGAGCCGACUGACCCUCUACGAUAUUGCUCAUACGCCCGGGGUGGCUGCGGACCUGAGCCACAUUGAAACCAGAGCGAAUGUGAAAGGCUACCUUGGGCCCGAACAACUACCAGACUGCCUAAAAGGUUGCGAUGUGGUGGUUAUUCCAGCUGGAGUCCCCAGAAAACCAGGCAUGACGCGAGAUGACCUGUUCAACACCAAUGCCACAAUUGUGGCCACCCUGGCUGCAGCCUGUGCCCAGCACUGUCCUGAAGCCAUGAUCUGCGUCAUCGCCAACCCGGUUAACUCCACCAUUCCGAUCACAUCGGAAGUUUUCAAGAAACAUGGAGUAUACAACCCCAGUAAAAUCUUCGGUGUGACCACCCUGGACAUCGUCAGAGCCAACACUUUUGUUGCUGAACUGAAGAAUUUGGAUCCAGCUCGAGUCAAUGUUCCUGUAAUCGGCGGCCACGCUGGAAAGACCAUCAUCCCCCUGAUCUCUCAGUGCACGCCCAAGGUGGACUUUCCCCAGGACCAGCUGACAACGCUCACUGGACGCAUCCAGGAGGCAGGCACGGAGGUGGUCAAGGCUAAAGCCGGAGCAGGCUCUGCCACUCUGUCCAUGGCAUAUGCCGGUGCCCGGUUUGUCUUCUCCCUUGUGGACGCAAUGAAUGGGAAGGAAGGAGUUGUCGAGUGUUCCUUUGUUAAGUCACAGGAGACGGACUGUACCUAUUUCUCCACACCGUUACUGCUAGGGAAAAAGGGCAUCGAGAAGAAUCUCGGCAUCGGCAAAGUCUCCUCUUUCGAAGAGAAGAUGAUAGCCGAGGCCAUUCCUGAGCUGAAAGCCUCAAUCAAGAAAGGAGAAGACUUUGUGAAGAAUAUGAAAUGAGAGAGCUAUUAAUGAGCAACCAGUUUCCUUAAUUUAUUAAGGCAUCAUGUCACUGUAAAGCCAUUUCAGAUACCUUUGUAUUUUCAUUUGCUUUGAUGACAAUUACUGUAUUAACAUCGUCAUCCCUUCCAAAGCUGAGUUGGUCUACUGGUGCGUCAAUAAAAGUGAUCUGAUUUUCUUUUUCAA